UAAUUAAAUUCAGUAUUUUAAAUAUGUUAAUAUUAAAUCCAUAACCAAUAAUUCAUAGUAGUAAUAUGAUCUAGACAGUAAAAUAAACGGACAUUUGAUUUACUUGUAGGAAAUAUGACGUUUCCGGUUUGGACGUAACAGCAGCUUCUACGUAGUUAGAUGGCAGAUCGUCAGGAAGAUAUUUGCGGAUUUUGGACGAUCUCGUAGCAUUUGCCGAAUGCGUAGUCUAUUUUCAACGAAGCAUAGGCCCACAUCGCUUUUGUCUAUAAGAAAUGUUAAAAUUUCUUAUACACCGCUGUGAACAUUUAUUUUCCAUAAAAAGGAUUUAAUUGUUAAUCAAAUGUGAGUGGCUUUCCUGUCGUUCAAAAAGCCGAAGCCUAUAUCUUUUUUUUUUCGAUAUCGUUUAAUUUUCAAUCUAUUAAUUAGAGGGCAGUACGGUUUUAUUACUCAGCACGUUACAUACCACAAAGUUUUAAGUAUAUUUCGUAAUAGAUAUAAUAAAAAUUGAAAAAAAAUGAUGAGCAAGCAUUUGAAGCCUAAACAAGGUGGAGUAACGAAUGUAUUAGUGAUAUAACUUCAUGGACAUAUUUGUCGGAGCUGCCGGGUUUUCGUAAUAGAAACGUCAUGCAUGAUAUGCGUUACAUUUGAAAAUUUGCACAAGUGGUAAUCGAAUAUUUUUAGAGAUCGUUAUUGAAAGUGUUAGUGAUUUGAAUACACCUACGAAAUUCAUAAAAUCGGUCAAAAUCGUAAUGUAGCACAAAUGGACGAUCAUUGCGUGCUAUAAAUAGAAGUUGCUCGGUGAUGAUGUCAGUGAUAGGGUGGGGUCGCGACAAUUAUUGGCCAACCGUAGGAGGGAUGCGAAACGUGAUUGGUCGGUUGUGUAACCAUUCUGGGUGGGAUAUGCGCGGAAGUAUUGCGCAGGAAGAAAUCCGCCAGUUGACCAUCGAGUGAGCACCGUUGUCUGGAAGAGCUUGUACCUUAUACCGAUAGUUUCACUAUUUCUAGCUUUUCGUUGCUUAAUUUCAGUAUUUCAAGUUCUUUAUUGUUAGGGAAUGAACAAUAACGAAAGCAUAAUUCAAGUAGAAAAGAUUUGGUACAAAGAUCCUUUCGAUUGGCGUUUCUUAUUUGUGAGGUAGAUGACUCCGUAUUGCACGAUGAAAGGACAAUUAGGAUAGGAAAGCAUUUCAAGAAUUUAGUAUUCGCGAACAAUUAUUGGGGAAAAUACGUUUAGGCUUAGAUUUACGUCAUGAUCCUAUGUUUGUACUUCGAUAUGCGCUAAAUCGUCAAGAAUAACAUCAAAAUGCCACGCAUAGAUCCAUUAUCAUUAUUGAAGUGUCUUAGUGUUUUGUUGGGGCCAAGUGGAGGUAUUAAGAGUAAAGAAGAAGUUCAUCGGUUAGCUAAUUUAAUGACAAAGUUUUCGAAGAAACUUGUAUCAAAAUGCAUUUACAUACAAAUAUUAAAAACUACAAACACCGAUUUACUUAGUCAAUUUAUGGGUGCCGGGGGAUGGAAUCUCAUUCACAUGUGGCUCACUGAUGGUAUCCUUGCAAAAAAUUGGGCUCUCAUUCAGGAACUUCUGGAACUUUUGUUGUUAUGUCCAGUAGACAUUGAAAGAUUAAAAAGCAACAAUUGUCCUAAAUUAAUAAAGGGUCUAUCGAAAGAAGGCAGUCAUCAAGGUGUUAGAGUGUUGGCCAGUCGAUUAGUCGAACAAUGGCUGAAAAUAGUGAAAGGAGAAGCUGCACCAAAUUCUGUACCAGCGCAGAUCAUGACUAUUCAAGUGCAAGGUACCGGAGGUCUAGGACAAAAUUUGGUUUCCCAAUCAGCCCAACAACAACAACAGUUUUCCAUUCAUUGUGGUAUUCAACAAGUUACGGAUGGUGUUGAAAAUGAAACAGUACACGUGCAAGAUCUGCAAUUUACUCCAAACUCUACAUCAACUAUUGCAGUACCUCAUAUUCAACAGCAGCAGCAGCAACCGCAAGAACUGCAGCAACAACAACAAGUACAACCUUUGCAAUUGCAAGUUGUUAGUAAACCACAGCAAAUGCAAUUACAACAGCAGUUGUCAUCACAGCAAUCAAAAAAGCCAGCUUUUGUUGUGGUAUCUACAUCUUCACAAUCCCCAGUUCCUGUGUAUAAAAUUACAAUUCGUGAAGGUAAACAAAUUCUUACAAAAGUGGAGACAGAUGCUGCAAAUAUUAAUAGUGUUUUAAAUACGAAUAGUACAAAUAUAGAAAUUAAUGGAGAUGCUGUGAACGAUGUAUCUCCUGUGAAACAUAAUGUAGAGGAAGCAGAAUCGAAGGAACUCAGUGAUUGUGUAGUCAGUGGUCAAGAUUGUAAAGCGGACGUUGCACAAUCCGAAAAAGUAGACCAAGUAUCCAGUGAAGUGAAACAGACUGUAAUAGAUUCCACGGACAGUACCGAUGUGGAUGUUGUUAAAAAUAAAGAAAAUAAAGACUCUAAAGACACUAAAGACAAUGUUAGUAGUGAAAGUAGUAAAUCUAGUAAUAAAGAAAAUAGGGACUCGUCUAAAAAAGAUGAAAAAAAAUCUAGUAGUUCGGAUAAAAAAAGUCAUCAUAGUUCGUCUUCAUCCUCCAAAAGUUCUUCUAAACAUACCUCAAGUUCCACUUCGCAUCGUUCUAGUUCCACAUCUUAUAAAUCUAGUAGUCACCGCUCUAGUUCUAGUAGUAGUAGUUCAAAAAGCUCUAGUAACAGGGAUAAGUCUUCCAAGGACAAGGACAAGCAUCACUCAUCCAAUUCAUCCAGUAAACAUGGUUCUAGUAAACCAAAAUCUGACAAAGAAAAGGAAAAAGAAAAGCAAAAAAAGGAUCAAGCAGAAAAGGAUAAAGCAACGCUAGAAAAAGUACAAGGACAGGCAUUGAGUUCAAAGUUAGGAAAAAUACCUAAGAAGAAGUUGGAAGAAGAGAAAUCAGGAGAUGCAGCUGUAAGGAAAUCGUCAACAGACUCUAGGGAUAGCUCCAAGGAAAAUAAGACUGAUGGAAAAAAAGUUGUUGCAUUGCCAGAGAAGAAGAACAUUUCCAUUUCUAUUGAGAGUAGGAAAAAUUCUCAGGAUUCAACAAUGCGGCCAAAGACUGUGAAAACAUUUAAUUCUAAAUUCAGGUCAACUGGGUUGGAGGAAGAAGUUAAGCCUCCACCACCUAGAUCAGGAAAGAAACCAAAUCCUAUAAUUGAUAAAAAAGUCAUACCUCAGAAAUUGCCUGCCCUGAAGAGACCAUCUCCACUUAGAGAAGCUAUUCCAUCAACAGAUAAACGAGCUAAGUUAUCAUUGGAUACACCAACUACACCUCCAGGUGAAGAGAAGAAAGGAGGCAUCAAAUUGAUACCACCAAAACCCAAACCAAUGGUUCUGCAAGAAAGCGAUAUGUUCAUGGAUGCUCUUACUGCGUCGACCAAGAGUAAAGAACCGAGGAAGAGAAAACGGAGGACGUCCAUCACGAAAGACGGUCCUACGGAAGCUAAAAAACAAGAAACUGCCAAUAGCGAUAAUCGUGAUGUUACACCUCCACCCACCUCACCACUAAGUGCCGAUGAAAAAUCACCUGUAGUUGUCAAGCCUAACUUUAAGUUUUAUCAAGAUACAUUGGAAACGGAUGAAGAUAAAGAGCAGAAAGAAAAGGAGAAUUCGGACGAGGACGUUAAAAAGGAGAAAGACGAAACCGGAGAUGAUCAUAAAGAAAAUAGGGUAUUCAAAUCAGAUAUCGAUGAAGAUACUGGAAGUAACACACCAACGCCUGAUGAUGAUAUGGAAGAAAAAACUUCCGAUUCUCCCGAAGACUCGUCCUCUGUAUCCGAUUCGACGAAAAAGGACGUUAGCUCAUAUCCAGAAAUACGUUACGUUGACGGGCUAAGAAGCGUUUUAUUACUUCAAAAACGUAAAGGACCGAAGAAAGUACUGAAAUGGAAAACAGAUCUGGAAUCGGUACGUUACUUCGAGCUAGACGAAACAGAAAGGGUUAACGUAACGAAGACAUUCACCGACAUGAAACAAAUGGAGAAGCAGAAUGAGAGAGAAGCAUUCCAAAUGGCCAGAAAAUUAAGUAAUGAAGACUUGAUGGAAGAGAGGACAAGAUGGAAACCUUUAAUUCCAAUAGAUCUCCCUCCAGCGUUAGUAGAAUCUGGAAAAGAUAGCAGAGAAAAAGAUGUCCAAUACGCUCGAGAGAAAGGCAUUUUGCAAGCGUUGUACUUCAACCGCAGCAUGAUUCCAGACUCUGCAGCGGAACCUGAUGAGGAACGUCAUCAUGUAUAUAGCGAUCCUAAAAUCAUUCCUUUGGAUGAUCUCACCGGAAAUAAAGAAAGUGAGAAAGACUUUACUUCCAUGGCGUGGCCAGAACCAAAACCCCAAUUACAACCUCAAACACCACCAGUGACUAGCUUCCAUUAUCCAUCGUUUCCUCAUAAUCAGCAGCCAGUAAUGACUCCCAUGGGUCCUCAGCCUACAAUGGGUCCAAUGCCUCAACUCUCUCAGCAAAUGAUGGGACCUACUCACAUGGGUCCGUUAGGCCCGGAAAUGAGCGCAUCGAUACCUGCCGGAGGAGGAGGAUGGAGAACUGGAGAUGGCAAAGUUGUUGUACCUGACGGAAUAGGAAUGAAUCCAAUGGGCAAUAUGCCAAAUGCAUUUCCACCAGGAAUGGAGGGUGGUCCAAUGGUGCCACCUGGAAUGAUGGGUCCACCACCUAUGUAUAAUCAACAAGAAGGCUAUGGUAUGAUGGGUCCAGAAGAUAUGGGAUUUAAUAAUAUGAAUCCAAAUAAUUUUCAAGGCCCACCUGGUCCUAUGUACGGACCUGGACCUAAUUUUCAAGGCCCUAGAGGCGGUGGUCCAAUGCAUGGUAGAGGCAGAGGUGUCCCUGGACCUGGUUGGUACAGAGGUGGUGGGGGACCACCAGGAAGAGGUGGUUGGAGGGGCGGCGGCGGUGGUUGGAGGGGAAGUGGGAAGCAACCGCCAGUGUGCAGACAGUUUUCUAAAAAUGGCUAUUGCCGAGUCGGUGAUAAGUGUCAGUAUCUUCAUCCUGGAGUGAACUGUCCACCAUUUUAAAAGAAAUUGUUGUAAUCGAAAAAUUCAUCGGAAUUUUUGUGAUAACGUGAUGAUCUGAACAUUUAUUAUAUCUAAAUGACUUUGAAAGAAUGCACGAUCGUACAGAAACAAUCGUAUUCGACUCAAGCACGCGUUAGAUGCGAUGAUCAAUAAUAAUGUGCAAUUUUCUAUCAACAAUGUGAAUAAUCAAGCGCAUAAGGGAAUAUCUAUACAGUUAUAUUUUCACGGAAUUUAAAUGAUAUUGAAUAAUUCUCAAUUUCUUUACAUUGCAUAGUACAUAACAAAACAAAUAUUACGAAGAACGGCAUAAUAAGUUUUUUUUUUUUUUGUAAAUGAAAACUGCAGAAUUUCGUAGUUGGAAACAGCUUUAAGUUUAAAAUGACAAUGGGAUGAAAUUAUUAGGUUUAUCGGCUGCUGGACAGCGAGAGGACUGCAACAUGCUUCACUCUUUAUUAUGAUUUCGAAGGGAUAUUACACAACUUUAAAAAUAUGAUUUUUAUUUAUCUAUUUUAGAAUAUACUGAAAAUUGGAGUAUAUCGCAUAAUACGAAAUCUCGAUUAUCAUGUCUUCCUUUUGCAUUCAUAAUUUACAGACAGCACCCACACUUCAGUAAUUAAAUUAACAAGAGAGUCGCGAGUUUUAAUCUUAGCAUUACGACUAGCGAUUUCGAAGUAUAUGACGCUAAUGAGCUGGAAGUGCAAAUUCCAAUUUCAUUUUAUUUGUCUUUCAAGAUUGCUGAGUGGGUGUCCAAUUGCUUUUUAUUAAAAAGUAUACAUAAUUAAAAUGCUGUUAAAACGAAUUAAGUAUGAACAUACAACGGAACAUUGUAACACCAAAAGUUCAAAUAACGAGUUAAAUAACUUUUUAUUCGUUAAGAUUUCUCACAUUUAGUCGUUCAUGUAGAUUUAUUGUAAAUAUCAUAAUUGUAUCAUUUUGUAUAAAAUAUCGGUAGCUCUAAUAACAAGAGACUGUUUUAGGUUUAACUAGAAUGUAAUAAUAUAAAAAGAGCAACAAUUCUUAGUAAAAACAUGUAUGUAUGAUUUGAAGUAAUUAAUACGAUACAGUGACAUUUAUAGAGUGCAUUUUUAAUAAUAAAUUGAAUCUGUGCUCUAUGAAUCAGAUUGUCAGUAUAUUAUAAUUGUAUUACAUAUUUUUUACGAAUUAAGGGUAGUGGUUAUUUUUUUGUAUAUGAUUGAUCGUUACGUUUGUAUAUAAUAUUGAUUGUUGUAUAAGAGCUGCUUGAUGGAAUACAUGAGUGAUAACUAUUUUCUAAAAUAUGUUGCAUUAUUAUACCAAUUAAAAGGUACCUAUAUCAUUCUAUUA